UGUUGUGUGCUGCUGCUGGUGGUGGUUAUUACAUAUACAUGUGUGCGUGCAUGUGAGCGGCAGAUACUCACUCAGCGGUGGAUCUAUAUACUCGUGCGUAUACAGAGUGAGCUCAGCAGUGUAGCUGGAGUAAGCUGGUGGAUCAAGACUGGCGUUAGAACGAGCGGAGGCAUAGAAGUGCGUGUCAGUCAGUUCGUAGCCGGACAAGCGGAGGUUCGAAGUGCAUAUCGCUUCGUAAUCGAGCAAGAAGAGAGCAGAAGUGGAUAAGGUGGUGGCUGAACAAGCCAUUGGAUAGAAGUGGAUAUCGGUUUAUAACAGAAGGAGCCCUUGGAUAUAACUGGAAUUCGCUUCGUAGUAGAGCAAGAAGAGAGCAGAAGUGGAUAUUAUAAGUUUGUGGCAGAGCAAGCGUUGGAUAUCAGUGCGUAGCAGAGAACACACAGUGGAUAGAAGUGGAUAUAUCAGUGUGUAGUUAGAGAACACACAGUGGAUAGAAGUGCAUAUCAGCUUGAUAUCAGCUUAUAUAGCAGGCAACGUACUGGAUAAUAGCGGUGUGUAUUGGCCACACAGGAGGCGGCUGUGUGGUGGCCAGUGUGCGUGUGUUGCAAGGCUGUGACGGGACCAGUGUACGCGUGUGUUACACGUAUAUAACGCUUUGUUAGAAACAAGUCUUGAUCGUGUGUGCACAGCGGCGUGCGCGUGGUGUAUUUGUGGGUUGCAGAGGAGCAUUUGAACGGCAUUUACAGGAAAUUCUCGGAUCCAGCGCGACCCACAGCGACCGCCACCAGAGCGCGCCACCCUCGACGCGCUCCCAACCGCCUACACUGCCACGCCCCCUGGUGGACGACGAGAUGGCGAGUCCGAUGAAGGAAGCGCUCCCGCCGCACGCGGCCGGCCGCCGCAGCCCCCACGGUGGCGCCCCCCUGCACCACCACCACCACCAACACCCGCAUUGUUCGACGUUGGACGCGUGCGCGGCGGGGGCGGAUGAUUGCCCGCACCACGCGACGCAGCAUUUCGACGCGGUGAUGCCUCACGACCUGGACUUCAUCCCCACGAGGAACGCCACGCGGGAGAUGUUCACGCGUAAACGCAGCGACAGCAUCAAGGAGGAGCGCGAGGACGGCGUCCCGGACGCCAUCUUGGGUCAACCGCUGCCGAGCGGACACUCCGUCGCCGCGGCAACCGUGCCGGAGGAGCCGUCCGCGGAGCAGGAAGAUGGCGCUACGGGUCACUCGGAGGGCGUUCAUCGGAAGCUGGGGCCCGGCUACACUGUGAUAGGUGGCGCUGCCGGUGAGGCGAGGGCGCAGUCAGAUGGAGAUGCGCGUACCUGAUCGCGGGGUCCGGGUGCCUGGUUCGAGUCCCGUCCGCCCGCCAGCCAGCCGUGAGUGCGUGCGUGCGUGUGAAUGCAUAUGUAAACAAACAUUGACUAACAUAUCGGCAAACAAAC